AUGUAGCUUUACUUGGCUUCAUCAAAGUAUCUAAUAGCAGUAGUACGUAGUAAUUCCUAGAGAAUAUCAAACCCAUUUUUCAAGUAGUAAAGUGAUAAAUCAGAAAAAUCUUGCAUUCUUUUUUAAUAAAGUAAAGAGUCUAGAAACUAUCUGUUCCUUCUUAAAGAAGAGUCGAGAUUAAGAUUAGUCUGCUAAAUGAAGCUUAUAAUAGAAUAUAUUGCACUACUUUGUCCUUAGAAUAGAAUACCAUCCAUUGCUUUUUCGCAAAGCGCUGCUCUAAUUGCAUUAGUUGCUAAGAAUGUAAUGUUGCAUAACCCAGGCCCCUCAAUAAUAUCAAUAUUUUCUUUUGCCUCUAUUAAAUAAUCGGGUAAAUUCCUUCUUAAUUGA